AUGUGUAGGGGUUGUCCCCCUAUCAUUCUUGGUGGUCUUACCUUAUCCUAUCCUCGCAACGUCAGGGGAUUGCCUCCUCGGUUGCUGAGCCCUGGAUGUGUAGGGGUUGUCCCCCUAUCAUUCUUGGCAGUCUUAUCCUAUCCUCGCAACGUCAGGGGAUUGCCUCCUCGGUUGCUGAGCCCUGGAUGUGUAGGGGUUGUCCCCCUAUCAUUCUUGGCGGUCUUAUCCUAUCCUCGCAACGUCAGGGGAUUGCCUCCUCGGUUGCUGAGCCCUGGAUGUGUAGGGGUUGUCCCCCUAUCAUUCUUGGCGGUCUUAUCCUAUCCUCGCAACGUCAGGGGAUUGCCUCCUCGGUUGCUGAGCCCUGGAUGUGUAGGGGUUGUCCCCCUAUCAUUCUUGGCGGUCUUAUCCUAUCCUCGCAACGUCAGGGGAUUGCCUCCUCGGUUGCAGAGCCCUGGAUGUGUAGGGGUUGUCCCCCUAUCAUUCUUGGCGGUCUUAUCCUAUCCUCGCAACGUCAGGGGAUUGCCUCCUCGGUUGCAGAGCCCUGGAUGUGUAGGGGUUGUCCCCCUAUCAUUCUUGGCGGUCUUACCUUAUCCUAUCCUCGCAAUGUCAGGGGAUUGCCUCCUCGGUUGCUGA